AUGUGGCCAGGGGAGACAGGGGAAUAUGUGGCCAGGGGAGACAGGGGAAUAUGUGGCCAGGGGAGACAGGGGAAUAUAUAUCCAGGGGAGACAGGGGAAUAUGUGGCCAGGGGAGACAGUGAUUUCUUCCAUGUUUUAUGCUGCGUCUGACGUAUGGGCCAAUGCUUCUGUCUAUGUUUAAUUAUUUUAUGUCUUUCCUCAUUAGGUUAUCACCAGAAUGGGAAUAUUCUGUUGACAAAUAUGGUUUCAUAUUAAAAGAGCAAGAUAUUCGGUAAUUUGACAAGUCCCUUUACAGAUGGUUUACUGGAUUAAAAUGUGCUUUCUUUUGAAUGCUAUAAAGCCAUGUUCAUGGACUAAACAGAGGUUUGGUAUGACGUGACAUACGUUUUGUGUAAAUGCAAUAGAUUGUGGUUGCUUGACAUUCUAACUGUUGAAACAAAGGUUCAGGUGCAUUGUGAAGUUCUUCUCAGAUUAUAACUCAUGUUAUGUCUUCUCUCUCUCUCUCCAACAGCUGAACCAGUGGACGUGCUUAAAGUACUAGAAUUUCACAAUUCCCCCGAAGGAGUUAGGAAAACAUCAGGAUUUUGCACAAACCGAAGGGCAUCUAAGCCAGACACAGCCUACAGAGUUGGAAAGCAGGCCCAGAUCAGUGCCCCCACCAAGCAGCUUUUCCCAGGUAAAACGAGUCCUGUCUCCCCCCAUCCCUCCAUUCCCCUCCAAACUCUCUCUGUCCUUCCCCACAUCCUGGCUGUGCAGCGCGGAAGGGAGCGAUGUUUAAAAGUGUAUUUUGUUGGUCUUGCCAAGGCUUUUGACAGGACAUGCCAUCCCUGAUCUGAUUGUGUGGCAGUGCUGUAUUCCUACCUCAGAGUAUUUGUAUUGUACCAACCCCAGAGGGAGAGAGAAUCUGGCUCAGAGAACUAGCUAGUGUAACUAAAGCACAGUGCAGGUUAUUGUGCAGUUUGAAGCACAGCAAAGUUGGUGUUCUGUACAGAAGUGGGAUCUUAAUUUGAGCCAGUUUGUUACAGCAACAACAGGACAUUUGAAUGAAUAUGUUAAUUAUAAUUCAUUUACAUUUUUGUAGGGGCUGAUACAUUUUUGGUGAGGGGAAAUUGAAGUCUGAAAGUUCAAAGUGGAAAUUACAAACUUCAAAAGUAUUUUUAAACCUCAAAUAUACUACAUGUUCUCUAUUUCCUGCAUGGCAAUUCUUCUGCAGCAGGGUGAUCAAAUUAAGAUUCUACAUCUACUUUCUCUGCUUCUGUUUGGUUAAUGGAUUUAUAGACCAUUGACCAGUGUGUGUGUGUGUGUGUGUGUGUGUGUGUGUGUGUGUGUGUGUGUGUGUGUGUGUGUGUGUGUGUGUGUGUGUGUGUGUGUGUGUGUGUGUGUGUGUGUGUGUGUGUAAAAUUGUAUACAAUAUGUAAGGGAGUCACUUAUCAAGGUUCCUACCAACAGAUCAGCAACAAUGUAGAGUCUGUACUUGUAGAGUCUGUAAUUGUAGAGUCUGUACUUGUAGAGUCUAAACUUGUAGAGUCUGUACUUGUAGAGUCUAUACUUGUAGAGUCUACACUUGAGAGUCUGUACUUGUAGAGUAUAUACUUGUAGAGUAUAUACUUGUAGAGUCUGUACUUGUAGAGUCUAUACUUGAGAGUCUGUACUUGUAGAGUCUAUACUUGUAGAGUCUAUACUUGUAGAGUCUAUACUUGUAGAGUCUGUACUUGUAGAGUAUAUACUUGUAGAGUCUGUACUUGUAGAGUCUAUACUUGAGAGUCUGUACUUGUAGAGUCUAUACUUGUAGAGUCUAUACUUGUAGAGUCUAUACUUGUAGAGUCUGUACUUGUAGAGUAUAUACUUGUAGAGUCUAUACUUGAGAGUCUGUACUUGUAGAGUCUAUACUUGUAGAGUCUAUACUUGUAGAGUAUAUACUUGUAGAGUCUGUACUUGUAGAGUAUAUACUUGUAGAGUAUAUACUUGUAGAGUCUGUACUUGUAGAGUCAGUACUUAUAGAGUCUGUUCUUGCAGGGGGAUACUAGUGAUUGUCAAGCUUACAGUGUAGGGCAGGGUUGAGUGGAAUGAAAAAAAAUGAACUCAAUGGUAGUCAUGUAGAAAUAAUAAACUAUUAUUAUGAGUCUGGAUUAGGUGUUUCAGGUGCUUUAUGUGAGCCUGUAAAAUGAUGAUUUAUUUCAUGUGGGUGUUAAACCCAUGUAUGACUCAUUGAUAGAUCUGUUCAGUUGGAGUAACUAAUGUCAUAAUGUCCUCUUAAAGUUUUGUAGGAUAUUUUUAUUAAGUUUAUUCCUCUUUGGCGCAACCUUUCAAAUCGCUAAAGGAGAAUUGUUUGUGUGCAAUAAACUCAGCAAAAGUGUCCAAAAAUAAAUUUUUAAUGUGCAGACAUUGGUUGCCUUCCAAUUUGUCUCUUCCUAAGGGAAAAUUGUACUCUAAAUACGUGAGAUUUUACACGUUCAAUAUCAUUGCCCUAAAACGUAUACAAUUGUCCUCAAGCCUGGAAAUAUAUGUACAUGAAUAAAGUAGUAGAUGAUUAGCUCAGGUCCUGUGUAGCUCAGUUGGUAGAGCAUGGCGCUUGCAACGCCAGGGUUGUUGGUUCGAUUCCCACUGAAAUUAAAAAAGAAUUAGAUGAUUAGCUCAGGUCUAUCUGGAUGCUUGAAAGACUAUAAACCUGGGGUAGUUGCCGAACAAAUGAGACCUUACUCAAAAAAAAACAACAUAAAAGCAAUGUGUGUCUACAAGAAGUUGUAUGUGUAAAGGGUAACUGAAUCGAAGACUCCUCACCUGUGAUAUGCUUUUUUUUUUUGUUACUCAAUAAUACACAUCUUAUGAUUGAAUCAGUCACAUAGUGUGUUCCCUGUAUUUCUAAGCUGAUCUAACCUGUGUUCUGUGCAUUGUGUGGGAGGUGUGUUACUGUAUGCAUGCAUUUCUAACGCAACCUCUGUUCUCCAGGAGGUGAGUUCCCUGAAGACUUCUCCAUCCUGACCACGCUCAGGCCCAAGGCCGGCCUCCAGUCCUUCCUGCUGUCUGUCUACAGUGAGCAGGGUGUGCAGCAGCUGGGGGUGGAGGUGGGACGCUCACCGGUCUUCCUGUAUGAGGACCAGAGCGGCAAGCCCGCCCCUGAGGACUACCCCCUGUUCCGCUCUCUCAACCUGGCCGACGGAAAGUGAGUCAAGCCUGACCUACCACACUACUGCUGCUGAUUGGUCUCACGGAGAACAGAGAGAGAGAUGGAGAGAGGGGGGGGACCAUCGCUGCUCACAGAGACUAGCAAGAGGGAGGGAGAGAGGGAGGUAGCUUUAUUCAUAUGGUGCGGUUCGGACAAAAGUUGGAUUCCGACGUUUAUUUGAUAGCGAGGGACACAUUUCACUUUACGUCUAGUAAGUAGAGUUUCUAGAGGUUAUACAUAUGCUUCUCUGGACAGGAUAUUUUUUGUUGGUGAAACUGGCUAUAUAGUGGUAUGGUUAUUUUCCAUCGCCAACCACCAGAAUGAUGCACAACUCAGGGAGUCCAACCAAUACACAGACUCCUGAAGUUGUGGCCCAAAGCUAGGAGGGAGGAAGGAAGGGAGGGAGACCAUUGCUGCUCACAGAGACCAGUGAGAGGUAGAGAGGGAGACCAUCGCUGCUCAGAGAGACCAGGGAGAGGGAGAGAGGGAGACCAUCACUGCUCAUAGAGACCAGGGAGAGGGAGAGAGGGAGACCAUCGCUGCUCACAGAGACCAGGGAGAGGGAGAGAGGGAGACCAUCACUGCUCAUAGAGACCAGGGAGAGGGAGAGAGGGAGACCAUCACUGCUCACAGAGACCAGGGAGAGGGAGAGAGGGAUGUUGGGGAGGGAGGAAGGAAGGAGGAGGGUAGGUAACAGCCAUGUGCUCUAUGUCAACCGUAAUCAUACUUACCGUACUGCUGUGUCCUCGGUUGUAUUUCACAAAGAAGCACUAAGAAGCAGAAAACUGGGAGGGGUUAUGGUUAGGUCCUGGGUAGUAGCAUGGGGGGGGGGGGGGGGGGGGGGAUAGGAGGGGUUAUGGUUAUGGUUAGGUCCUGGGUAGUAGCAGGGGGGGAUAGGAGGGGUUAUGGUUAGGUCCUGGGUAGUAGCAGGGGGGGUAGGAGGGGUUAUGGUUAGGUCCUGGGUAGUAGCAGGGGGGGUAGGAGGGGUUAUGGUUAGGUCCUGGGUAGUAGCAGGGGGGAUAGGAGGGGUUAUGGUUAGGUCCUGGGUAGUAGCAGGGGGGGGGGGGGGGGGUAGGAGGGGGUUAUGGUUAGGUCCUGGGUAGUAGCAGGGGAUAGGAGGGGUUAUGGUUUAGGUCCUGGGUAGUAGCAGGGGGGGGGGGGGGGGGGGGGGUAGGAGGGGUUAUGGUUAGGUCCUGGGUAGUAGCAGGGGGAUAGGAGGGGUUAUGGUUAGGUCCUGGGUAGUAGCAGGGGGGGGAUAGGAGGGUGUUAUGGUUAGGUCCUGGGUAGUAGCAGGGGGGGGAUAGGAGGGGUUUAUGGUUAGGUCCUGGGUAGUAGCAGGGGGGGGGAUAGGAGGGGUUAUGGUUAGGUCCUGGGUAGAAGCAGGGGGGGGAUAGGAGGGGUUAUGGUUAGGUCCUGGGGUAGUAGCAGGGGGGGGAUAGGAGGGGGUUAUGGUUAGGUCCUGGGGUAAGUAGCAGGGGGGGGGGGGGUAGGAGGGGGUUAUGGUUAGGUCCUGGGUAGUAGCAAGGGGGGGGGGGAUAGGAGGGGUUAUAUGGUUAGGUCCUGGGUAGUAGCAGGGGGGGGGAUAGGAGGGGUUAUGGUUAGGUCCCUGGGUAGUAGCAGGGCGGGGGGGGAGAUGGGAGGGGUUAUGGUUAGGUCCCUGGGUAGUAGCAGGGGGGGGAUAGGAGGGGUUAUGGUUAGGUCCUGGGUAGUAGCAGGGGGGGAUAGGAAGGGUUUAUGGUUAGGUCCUGGGUAGUAGCAGCGGGUGGGAUAGAGGGGGUUAUGGUUAGGUCCCUGGGUAGUAGCAGGGGGGAUAGGAGGGGUUAUGGUUAGGUCCUGGUAGUAGCAGGGGGGUGGGGGGGUAGGAGGGGUUAUGGUUAGGUCCUGGGUAGUAGCAGGGGUGGGGAUAGGAGGGGUUAUGGUUAGGUCCUGGGUAGUAGCAGGGGGGGGAUAGGAGGGGGUUUAUGGUUAGGUCCUGGGUAGUAGCAGGGGGGGGGAUAGGAGGGGUUAUGGUUAGGUCCUGGGGUAGUAGCAGGGGGGGAUAGGAGGGGGUUAUGGUUAGGUCCUGGGUAGUAGCAGGGGGGGAUAGGGAGGGUUAAUGGUUAGGUCCCUGGGUAGUAGCAGGGGGGAUUAGUGAGGGGUUAUGGUUAGGUCCUGGUAAGUAGCAAGGUGGGGAAGGAGGGGUUAUGUUUAUGUCCUGGGUAGUAGCAGGGGGGGGGGGGGGGGGGGGGUAGGAGGGGUUAUGGUGGUUAUGGUCCCUGGGUAGUAGCAAGGGGAUAGGAAGGGGUUAUGGUUAGGUUCCUGGGUCGUAGCAGGGGGGGGGGGGGGGGGGGGGGGGGGGGUAGGAGGGGUUCUGGUUAGGUCCUGGGUAGGAGCAUGGGGGAUAGGAGGGGUUUAUGGUUAGGUUCUGGGUAGUAGCAUGGGGGGGGAUAGGAGGGGUUAUUGGUUAGGUCCUGGGUAGUAGCCAGGGGGGGAUAGGAGGGGUUAUGGUUAGGUCCUGGUGUAGUAGCAGGGGGGGGAUAGGAGGGGUUAUGGUUAGGUCCUGGGUAGUAGCAGGGGGGAUAGGAGGGGUUAUGGUUAGGUCCUGGGUAGUAGCAGGGGGGGAUAGGAGGGGUUAUGGUUAGGUCCUGGGUAGUAGCAGGGACUACCAUGGGGAACCUGACCUAAGCCAUGAACCCUGUGCCUCUGUUUUCUUUAAAGAGGGGAAAGUGUAGGAGGGUUGGAGGAGAGAUUGUGGGUGGAGGAGGAACGGAGGAGGGGGGGGGGGGGGGGGGGGGGACAUUAACCUUACAGUAUUAACCUCCUGGAUUACCUCAUCCAAUCAGAUUCCGUGCAGAGAUUAUUUUAGCUUCCGUCAGUGGCUGCCUGAUUACACGUUCUGGGUUCAGAAACCCCGGAAUUGUCCCUGGGGGCCGCGGCUUAGUGUCCGUGAGCCCGUGGCGAAACACAGGAAAACAAACAAACUGAGGAGACGCUGAGAAAACGAUCAGUCUUUUUUCUUCUUAACAAAGCAUUUUCUGGGUUGUUUAGGCAGAUACAUUUUGGGUUGUGUGUUUUGUGACAGUAUAGUUUGUUUUCCUGGGCUUGAUGAGAAGCCAUUACCCGGUCAGUGGGGACAUUUGUGGCCUAGAUAGAUUUAAGAACGAGAUCUUCCACUUAAAGUGAAAUGUCAUGUUAAGAUACAUCAAAGGUCUCUAGGUUUAUGAGAGGAAAUAGGUGUUUUUGUGAGAGUUUUGUACAAUAUCUUCUCAUAAGGUCUAACUGCUCUAUCCAAUGAAAGAAAAUACCAUGCUGCCAUUCUAACAACACAGAGAAACAGUAGAUACCAAGCUGCCAUUCUAACAACACAGAGAAACAGUAGAUACCAAGCUGCCAUUCUAACAACACAGAGAAACAGCAGAUACCAAGCUGCCAUUCUAACAACACAGAGAAACAGUAGAUACCAAGCUGCCAUUCUAACAACACAGAGAAACAGCAGAUACCAAGCUGCCAUUCUAACAACACAGAGAAAUAGUAGCCCCCACUAGCCUACUUUGUGGCAGUUCUGUGAGGUGCUCGUGUCCACUGUGCAGUUUUGUGACCGACUGUCUAAAAUGCAAUGUUCUCUGUGCAGGAUUUUAGUGUUUAAGGACCUGGCAGGAGUCCAACACUAGGCCUUGGCCAAAUCCUCACUGACUAGGCUGCAACUAAUGCUGUCUACCUACCUGGCCAGCCCUCCUCGGUUUAUGCAUUUUAUUUUUUUAUUUCUUCUUCCCACCUUUAUUUAACCAGGUAAGCCAGUUGAGAACAAGUUCUCAUUUACAACUGCGACCUGGCCAAGAUAAAGCAAAGCAGUGUGAUAAAAACAACAACAACACAGAGUUACAUAUGGGGUAAAACAAAACAUAAAGUCGAAAAAUACAACAGAAAAUCUAUAUACAGUGUGUGCGAAUGUAGUAAGUUAUGGAGGUAAGGCAAUAAAUAGGCCAUAGUGCAAAAUAGUUAUUUUUAUAGAGAUGCAGUAUGCUGUCCAUGCGUACUUGAACAGGGGGGAAAUGAUAGUAUUGCUGUAGUGUCAUUCAAAGGAAAGGCGUUCAAACAUUUCCCGAGGCACAUGUUGAAGCAACCGUCAGAUAUGCGAGUGCAUUUCAUUUAUAAGUAUUGCCAAAAUGAAAAAGAACAGUUAGUAUGUCAACAUAAUAUUUAUUUUGUAGCCAGUUUGUAAUGCACUGGAUGGAUGCGUAAUGGCUGACGAACUAAAUGCGUGGUUUGUUAUCAUAAUGACAGAUAUACAGGACAAGUAUUGUCAUCCGAGAGCAGCCAUUUUGAUCAGUACUGCUGACUGUUGGUUCUUGAACACUGGUCACUUUAAUAAUGUUUACAUACUGUUUUACCCACCUCAGACUGUAUUCCAGUCUAGGCCUAUCCUAUAUACAGUGUAUUGGGAAAGUAUUCAGACCCCUUGACUUUUUCCACAUUUUGUUACAUUACAGCCUUAUUCUAAAAUGUUUUUUUAUGUUUGAAAAUAAAAAUACAAAAUAAACGGAAAUAUCAAAUAUCAUCCUCCUCAGGCUCCUCUCUUAGGCUCCUCCUCCUCCUCCUCCUCCUCCUCCUCCUCUCUCUUCCUCCUCCUCCUCCUCCUCCUCCUCCUCCUCCUCCUCCUCUCUCCUCCUCCUCCGCCUCCUCCUCCUCAUCCUCUUCCUCCUCCUCUCUCAGGCUCCUCCUCCUCCUCCUCCUCCUCCUCCUCCUCCUCUUCCUCCUCCUCUCACAGGCUCCUCCUCCUCCCCCCCCCUCCUCCUUCUCCUCCUCCUCCUCCUCUUCCUCCUCCUAUCUCAGGCUCCUCCUCCUCCUCCUCUCUCCUUCUCCUCCUUCUCCUCCACUCUCCUCUACCUCCUCCUCUACCUCCUCUACCUCCUCCUCCUCUUCUUCCUCCUCCUCCUCCUCCUCCUCCUCUCUCAGGCUCCACCUCCUCUCUCAGGCUCCUCCUCCUCUCUCAGGCUCCUCCUCCUCCUCUCUCCCCUCCUCCUCCCCCUCCUCCUCCUCCCCUCCGCCUCCUCAUCCUCUUCCUCCUCCUCUCUCAGGCUCCUCCUCCUCCUCCUCCUCCUCCUCCUCUCACAGGCUCCUCCUCCUCCGCCCCCCUCCUCCUCCUCCUCCUCCUCCUCCUCUUCCUCCUCCUAUCUCAGGCUCCUCCUCCUCCUCCUCUCUCCUUCUCCUCCUUCUCCUCCACUCUCCUCUACCUCCUACUCUACCUCCUCUUCCUCCUCCUCCUCCUCCUCUACCUCCUCCUCCUCUUCCUCCUCCUCCUCCUCCUCCUCCUCCUCUCUCAGGCUCCACCUCCUCUCUCAGGCUCCUCCUCCUCUCUCCUCCUCCUCCUCCUCCUCUUCCUCUGGACAAUGUUUUGACUGUGCGCCUCCUGCUCCCUCCUGACACUUUUCCAGAAUGUUCAACACGUCUGUCAUGCCGAGUCAUGCUGAGUAACCCAGAACACGUCUGUCAUGCCGAGUCAUGCUGAGUAACCCAGAACACGUCUGUCAUGCCGAGUCAUGCUGAGUAACCCCGAACACGUCUGUCAUGCCGAGUCAUGCUGAGUAACCCCAGAAACACGUCUGUCAUGCCGAGUCAUGCUGAGUAACCCCAGAACACGUCUGUCAUGCCGAGUCAUGCUGAGUAACCCCAGAACACGUCUGUCAUGCCGAGUCAUGCUGAGUAACCCAGAAACACGUCUGUCAUGCCGAGUCAUGCUGAGUAACCCAGAACACGUCGUUCAUGCCGAGCCAUGCUGAGUAACCCAGAACACGUCUGUCAUGCCGAGUCAUGCUGAGUAACCCAGAACACGUCUGUCAUGCCGAGUCAUACUGAGUAACCCAGAACACGUCUGUCAUGCCGAGUCAUGCUGAGUAACCCAGAACACGUCUGUCAUGCGAGUCAUGCUGAGUAACCCAGAACACGUCUGUCAUGCCGAGUCAUGCUGAGUUGAGUAACCCAGAACACGUCUGUCAUGCCGAGUCAUGCUGAGUAACCCAGAACACGUCUGUCAUGCCGAGUCAUGCUGAGUAACCCAGAACACGUCUGUCAUGCCGAGUCAUGCUGAGUAACCCAGAACACGUCUGUCAUGCCGAGUCAUGCUGAGUAACCCAGAACACGUCUGUCAUGCCGAGUCAUGCUGAGUAACCCAGAACACGUCUGUCAUGCCGAGUCAUGCUGAGUAACCCAGAAGGAGGAUUAUGUUUGGAGUUUAAUGAGUAUAAUCCAGUGUUGAACAGAGUGUGGAGGCCAGAAUGUCCUGGAGGGGGCUCGGGAGGUGUUGGGUGCAUGUGUGACCACGCCGGGUAACCCUUUUUUUGCGUCCUAAAUGGCACACUAUUCCCUAUAUAGUGCUAUGGAUCCCAGUCAGGAAUAGGGAAUAGGGUGCCAUUGAAACGCACAAAUGUCUGUUUUUUGUGGAGGUUUUUGUUAGUCUGGUUAAAACAGACUCAACGCUACAAAUGACUUCACUGUUUGAAUGGGUGAGCGCAGCAUUCAGUCUGGUUUAAGCAGGCUAGGUUUUUUUUGCAGCAGUCCAAUCCGAAUGUAUCUCACCACGUAUCUCUGUGUUUUCUCUUGUCCCCUCUAACAGGUGGCAUCGUGUGGCCAUCAGUGUGGAAAAGCAGAGGGUCACCAUCAUGGUGGACUGUCAACAGAAGAUCACCAAACCCCUCCUCCGGAGUGACCGUGCAUCCAUCAACACCAACGGCAUCACCGUGUUCGGAACCAGGAUCCUCGAUGAGGACGUCUUCCAGGUAAAGACACGAUGUUGGAUAGAACGCUGUGCUGUACAUUCUGCUUGGUUGGUGUAACAUGGUGAUGUUAACCUUGUCCCCCCAGGUUAAUUAAGCAUAGCGCAUAUAAGCCUGGAACUCCAAUGACUCAAAUCUGCAGUACAGUGUAUGUGGGAGUAAAAAAAUAUAUAUAUUAAAAUACACUGAACAAAAAUAUAAACACAACAUGUAAAGUGUUGGUCCAACGUUUCAUGAGCUGAAAGUAAAAUAUCCCAGAAAUGUUCCAUACACACAAAAAGCUUAUUUCUCUUAAAUGUUGUACACAAAUUUGUGUACAUCCCUGUUAGUGAGCGUUUCUCCUUUGCCAAGAUAAUCCAUCCACCUGACAGGUGUGGCAUAUCAAGAAGCUGAUUAAACAGCAUGAUUAUUACACAGGUGCUCCUUUUGUCGGGGACAAUAAAUGGCCACUCUAAAAUGUGCAGUUUCGAUGGCCACUGGCACACUGGAGAAGUGUGCUCUUCACAGAUGAAUGCCAGUUUCAACUGUACCGUGGCAGAUGGCAGACAGCGUGUAUGGCGUUGUGUGGGCGAGCGGUUUGCUCAUGUUAAUGUUGUGAACAGAGUGUCCCAUGGUGGCGGUGGGGUUAUGGUAUGGGCAGGCAUAAGCUACGGACAACGAACACAAUUGCAUUUUAUCAAUGGCAAUUUGAAUGCACAGAGAUGCCGUGACGAGAUGCCAUCCUGAGGCCCAUUGACGUGCCAUUCAUUCGCCGCCAUCACCUCAUGUUUCAGCAUGAUCAUGCACGGCCCCAUGUCACAAAUAUCUGAACACAAUUCCUGGAAGCUGAAAAUGUUCCAACUCUUCCGUGACCUGCAUAAUCACCAGACAUGUCACCCAUUAAGCAUGUUUGGGAUGCUCUGGAGCGACAUGUAUGAACAGCGUGUUCCAGCAACUUCGCACAGCCAUUGAAGAGGAGUGGGACAACAUUCCACAGGCCACAAUCAACAGCCUGAUCAACUCUUUGUGAAGGAGAUGUGUUGCGCUGCAUGAUGCAAAUGGUGGUCACACCAGAUACUGACUGGUUUUCUGAUCCACGCCCCUACUUUUUUAAAUAGGUAUCUGUGACCAACAGAUGCAUAUCUGUAUUCCCAGUCAUGUGAAAUCCAUAAAUUAGGGCCUAAUGAAUUUAUUUCAAUUUACCGAUUUCCUUACAUGAAGUGUAACUCAGUAAAGUCGUUGAAAUUGUUGCAUGUUGUGUUUAUAUUUUUGUUCCGUGUAUCUUUGUCCUUGUUGACUUUAGAGGAAUCCAGAACCAGAGUUGUAGUUGCAGUUCAUCUUUGUUGAUAUGUAGUGAGCUCCGGUUGUGUGCGACUUGAUGACUCAUUGACGUGGAGACAAGCAUGCAGGAGGAUGUGUGAUAUACAGUGCAUUAAUUAUUAGAACCAGGGUGUUCAUUUUAAAAAAACUAUGAAUAAAAUAAGUAUGCGCUGAAAGUUUAUUGGCUUAUACGUUAUGGUGUGUCUUUAGAAUGUGAACGAUGCAGCUGUAAUGUAA